AGACGACGACGUUGGCCUACAGUUCCUGGAACCCACGUAACAACACACUCUUUGGACAUAUCGAGGUCUUCGCCAAUUUUCUUGGCUUUGUUAACGCAAUUGUCGUGUUUGGUGACAACUUAAAGAAUAUUUAGCGGCCCAUGGACACAGAGGGUCAGUCCAUGGGGAUGAGAGGUGAACGACAGGUGCAGCGCUCCCGAUUGUGGGCUCAGUGACUUACUCCCUGUGCUCACGAUGGCGCAGGGAGGCCCGCAGUUAGACUAUCACAUCCUGCAGGACCUCAAGCAGCGCUUUCCGGAGAUCCCAGAGGGAGUAGUGUCCCAGUACCUUCUGCAGAACAAUAACAACCUGGAUAUAUGCUGCCACCUGCUGGCUCAGGAAAGCAACCGAUACCUUUAUGAAGAAUAUCAUAGUCCUCCUGAUGAGGUGCGUCUGAACAGGAACCAUAUGCUGCAUAUCAGCCUUGGCCCCUCUGAGGGCAACAAGACCAACAGCCCGGGCCGCCACCUGGUGCACAGCACUAGCGACAGCCACAUUGAGCCUCCGAGAGGUGGGUUCCCUGAGCCCCUCUCGGCCCCUGCCAUGGCCCCCUCGCCUGGGUACAACCCCUUCUUCAUGAGUGAUCAAGGACGCUCGGCCAGUACCCCCACACCCCCUCCCAUGCAGGGCAUGUCCCCGACUUACACCCCCAUCCCCCGAUACACCAUGAACCCGAUCACGGUCACCCUCUCCCAAAACCUGCCUAACGCUCCUCAGGCCUUGCAGAUCCCCCCCUCUUACAACAGCAACAACAGCGCUCUCUUUAUCCGUCCCUCCCCCUCACAGAGCCCACAGCCCGCACCCUGGCCCUCAUCUGCCGGGUCUGCCGUUUACCAGCCCAACCCGUACCAGCCCCCCUCUUACCCCUCCCACCCCUCCCACCCUUCCCCCUAUAGCUCCCCCCAACAUCAGGUCCCCCAGACGUCGCAUGCAUUCUUGCCCAUCAGCCCCCCGAACCUGCAGAACAUGCCCUACCAGCAGGCCUACAGACCCUACCUCUCCUCCAAGAGCUCCCUGAAGAACCAGAUCGAGAUCACACUGGAAGGGCCGCGGCCGCGCAGCAACUCCCCAGUCCACAACCCCCAGGGCCCGUACUACAUGGCCACCAGCCCGUCGCCCAGCUCGCCGUCACGGGCCAUCAGCAUGACCGGCCCCGUGGGCACCACCUUCCACCACGGAGUGUACCUCCACCAGGGCCCGCCGCGGCCCCGGCCCACCUCCUCCCCGCAGCCCGCCAGCUCGGCCUACAGCUUCAAGAUCAAAGUGUCCUCGGGGCAGCCUCAUCACAGGCCCGCCGGGUCCCCGCCGGUGGAGGCCGAGCCGCUGCUCAACAUCGUGGACCAGGGCGAGCGCCACGGCGCCCCUCCGCCCAUCCUGCCCAUCUCGGCCGGGCCGGGCAGCUUUGCCCACAUCGCCAACCGCAUGCCACGACGCUCAAGCUCUGGCUCUGAUGACUAUGCAUACACACAGGCUCUGCUGCUGCACCAGAGGGCCCGAAUGGAGCGGCUGUUGAAGGAACUGUGCAAAGAACAGCAGAAGCUGGAGGGGCUGAAGGCUGAAGUCAACGACAUGGAGUAUGAUGCUUUGCAGAGACGCUUCAGGAGGGUCAACAGCACCAGCCUCAUCCCCAGGCCUGAAGAGAUGACCAGACUGCGUACCUUAAACAGACAGCUCCAGAUUGACAUUGAUUGCACCUUGAAGGAGACAGACCUGCUGCAGUCUAGAGGGAAGUUUGAUCCGAAAGCCAAGAAUAACUUCUAUGACAACAUUCAGCCUGGUCCGGUGGUACCACCAAAACCCUCUAAAAAAGACGAGGAGCGUCCCUCCCGACCCCCACCGCUCGCCCAGAGGGACGAGGACUUCGAGGGAGCCCAGUGGAACUGUGACAGCUGCACUUUCCUCAACCACCCAGCGCUCAACCGAUGCGAGCAGUGCGAGAUGCCGCGCUACACCUGAGCCUGCCGUGGCAGCGCCACGCGGUGUCGCGCCACAGCACGCCCUGCCACACGCCCUUCCCGUGCCCCCCUGUCCUCGCCCCUCCUGCCACACGCCCUUCCCGUGCCCCCCUGCCCUCGCCCCUCCUGCCUGGCGUGCGAUCCGUUGAUAAAAAAGAUCAAUACGAUGAGACUGCCUCCGCUCCCAAAGCCGUUCCAGCCCUAACUAAUUGUCAGUCUCAUCGUGCUACUUUUCUGGGGGUCACACCUAUUGUUAUUCAGAGACAUGAGACCCCUCCGCCUGUCCCUUUUUGUCUCCCCAUUCCUAAGUUCCUCUUUGAAGCCCAGCAAUAACUGAGCCCCCCCCCCCCUCCCUUCCCCUGAGGAAGAGCCACUCUAUCGAAACCACCCACCCACCUCUUGGAGGAGCUUCCUGCACUUACCUGUGAUCUCUAUUGGAGGAGGACGAGGAUGAUGCUUUAAAGAGAAGGGUGGGAGACUGUGUCCAUGUAAAAAAAAAAAACGAGUGAAAGAAAAAGACAGAGAAAAAGGCAGAAAGGGAGUGAUUGACCGUGGAUCUGAUCUACUGAGCGGGGUUUACAAAUGGGCCUUUGGAAGCCUUUUGAAGCGAAAGAGGCGUGGUUUACCGAUCUAGCAUUCCAUGCAGAAUGAGACUGUCGUGUUUACACAUAUGAAGCCCCAAACCAGAGUUAGUGCGGGGCAGCUCUCCUCUAAAAGAGUGGGGUGAUGAUGAUGAUGAUGAUGAUGAUGAUAUUAUUUUAACAAACAGCAGGGGUCUGAAAGAUAUAUUAUGUAGACUUUACACUGUAUUCGCUCUCAGCAGAAGAGAGCUCCUCUCAUUGAAUGAAGAACACUAAGAGACUUGCGUAUAAGAUAUAUACCUGGUACUUUUAUGCAUACUAUGCCACACUGUAUUCUGUGUUAAAAGAUGUUGAUUUCCUGUGCAAAUGCCUCAACUUGCUGUACGUAAUAGAAAAUAAAGGAGCUGAUUCUAUGUGACACCUGA